AAUAUGCGCCAAUCCCCCCACUGCAUAGUAAUAAGUCUGUCACCACGACCUUUCCUGCGCCGUUGCACCGCUGAUCAUGCUUGCCACGGUAACUGUGGGUUAUUAAUGUAACAGGGGUAAACGUGACUGUCUGUCGAAGAAGAAGAAGAAGAAAAUGCUUCGUUUCUCCUGUGUGGUUUUCAGCAGAGGAGCGGCUAGAAGGUUUGCUUCUUCUUUCUCCAAUGAGACAGCUCUACCUCCAAACUUGCGCCUCCCCACAAAUCUUGUGGAUCCUGCCAGAUUAAAGCGGCCUCCACCUUCAGCAGACUCCUCGCUGCCUCUACUCAGGGAAUGCGAUGCUGCGAUUCCUGCUCACCUGAGCCCCGUGCGAACAUGGGUGGAGACUCUGGAGAAUAAGGACAGCGAACCAUUGGGUCUGGCUGAGCUUCACCCUGAUGUCUUUGCAGUGGCUCCAAGGCUUGAUGUUCUCCACACUGUUGAAACAUGGCAGAGAAACUACAAAAGAAUUAGUCACGCUAACACAAAGGUGAGGUCAGAGGUGCGAGGUGGAGGCAGGAAACCAUGGAAACAAAAAGGAAGUGGAAGAGCUCGCCAUGGAAGCAUCCGAUCACCUCUAUGGAGAGGAGGUGGGGUUUCUCAUGGACCAAGAGGACCAAACAGUUACUAUUACAUGUUGCCCAUGAAAGUUCGAGUGCUGGGGCUGAAGGUGGCGCUAAGCUCCAAGUUAGCUCAGCAAUACCUCCACAUUGUGGACUCCCUGAAUAUUCCCACAGCAGACUCUCAGUACCUGCUGGAUCUCAUCAGAUGCAGACACUGGGGAGAAUCUGUGUUACUGGUUGAUGUAUGUCAAGAGUUCCCUGACAAUAUGCUCCAGGCUACAGCAAACCUAAAGACAGUGAACCUUAUUCCAGCAAUCGGUCUGAAUGUACACAGCAUGCUGAAACAUGAAGCCAUCAUCCUCACCCUGGACACGGUCAGGUUUCUGGAAGAGAAGCUCCUUUGGCACGACCAGCGUUACACCCCUCUGUACCCAUUCAGACUGCCCUAUUCUGACUUCCCUUAGAACUACUGGUCUGCAAUGUAUUCACUGGCAACAAGACCGAUUUUCUUUGUUUAUUAUGAGUAACACAAAAUUCCAAUAAAUAAUUCAAACUUUUAAAAGUAUAAAAACAGUCAUUAAAAUAUCCCUAAAUAGUG